AGGCACUAGUCAUUCCCAGACCGGAGAGAAAACCAUGAUCCUUUACGGUCCUCUCUUCUCAUCCGGCGUUACGCCACGUGGCAAAACCACAUCUUCUUCUUCUUCUUCUCCGACCCGAGUCAACUCGGACGCUUCACCGGUCGGAUCACUCGGGCCGGACUCGUUCUGUCCGAGCGGCUUAUGUUCUUGCGGAAGAAGACGCUUCAUCGAAGCAGCAGUCACUUCAUCUCUAUUCCCAAUUUGCCCCUCCACCUCCUCCGCUUCCAAGUCGCAGUUCGACGAUUAUACGGCCACGUUGAGGAAAGUUCACCCUCCUCGACCAGACUGGUAUGAAGAGUUGUAUGCGUCAGCGUUGAACACCGGCAUGCAAUCUUACGAAGAAGAGAUUGCGGGUUACAAGUCGGAGCUCUUUGCUAAGUUGAAGGGAAAAGCUGAGCAAGUGUUGGAAAUUGGUAUAGGGACUGGUCCUAAUCUAAGAUACUAUGGUGCUGAUGAUGGUGUCCGAGUUUUCGGCGUGGAUCCUAAUAAAAAGAUGGAAAGAUAUGCUAAGGCUGCGGCAGUGGCUGCUGGUCUGCCCCUUUCGAACUUUGAGUUUAUACAAGCAGUUGGGGAGGCUAUACCAUUAGAUGAUGCUUCUGUUGAUGCAGUUGUUGGAACCCUAGUAUUGUGUUCUGUAAAAGAUGUCAACAAGACUCUAAAAGAGAUUAAGAGAGUGCUGAGACCAGGUGGACUCUACUUGUUUGUGGAGCAUGUGGCUGCUAAAGAUGGGACAGCCCUCAGAUUUAUACAGAGUGUUCUUGAUCCUUUGCAACAAACCCUUGCCGAUGGGUGUCAUUUCACCCGGGAAACAGGAACCAAUAUAUCCAGAUCCGGCUUCUCAGGCGUCGAGCUUAGCAUGACCUCCUUGUCCAGUACCUCAAUUAUAAACCCUCAAAUCUAUGGAAUAGCUUGCAAGUAAUAACAUCCUGUGGUUUGUUUGAUGUCCUAACAUCCUGAAUAGCUUUGUUCCUUGUUUUGUCCUUCAUUUCUAAUAUAGCCGAUAUUUAGAACAAACAUUAGAAGACCCUGUGGUUUCUUUUGGAUUAGGCUACUUAAUUUUCUACAAGCUUUCCUCAGAAGGAAUAAUUAUUGUACAUAAUCGACAAUCUUGGAUUCGAGUAUUAUUAUUGGAAGAUAUUGAAAUUAGGUUUGCAGGCAUGGCAUUA